AUGCCACCUGGUUUCCGUAGUGUAUUCAAGCCCGUUGGGAACAAUACUGACAUCGGCCGUGUUCCCCUGUCAAAUAGAUUAGAUCGUGCAAGUAAUUGCCCCUAUCCAUCCACAAAUGAAGAAAAGAAAAGGCUGGGGUUGAUAAAUGAUAGUGACUCAAGGCUUCGUAGGCAUAGUGGUGCUGUAAGUCGCACUUCAGAUCAUGUGCCUGGGAAAAAGAGGAAAUAUGAGCAGAUCAGAUCAAGCAGAUCUUCUCCGGCGAAGGAGUCUAAAUGGGAUAACACCAAUGCAAGUACCACGCAUAAGAACCCUAACAAUGAAGUUUUAGGUGGUCCUUCUAUAUCUGCAGAGUCAUUAAGAAUGUUUGUUACACCUUGGAAAGAGGCCUGCCAAGUGAACAAUGCUGAUGAGGUACUUGAAAAGAUGCUUCAGUUUUAUGAAACAAGGAAAAAGAGAAAAGUGAAAGAAAUGUUCACAACAUAUCCGUUUGUGGGAUUGCUCUAUGCUGCUCUUAUGUUUAUAAAGCUUGAAAUGCCGGAUAAUAUAUACAACACUUUUUACCAAACUUCUAGCGAGCAUGGAAUGGAUGACACCCCAUGUGACAGUUCAACUGCUUAUAAGAGCAUUGAUGUUAAAUGUACUAAGAAGGAUCUUCUUGGAUCAACAUCAAAAAGUUUGUGGCCUUGA